UGCGGUGAAGCGGCUCCUUAUUCACAGGACGACGGACCGAAUGAAUAAAAGCACCGUGGCAGGAGAAUUACGUAACAUUUUCUCUCAGGGAACCAAUGCAUACACCGUGGAGCUUUACAACGCCUUUUAUAGGGACGGUACGCUCUCACUUGUUAUGGAGUAUAUGGACUGGGGGAACUUGGAAGAACUGAUCGCUAUCUGCCCAACCAUUCCAGAGCCGGCAUGUGCCUACAUUGCAUCACAAAUUCUGCAUGCCUUACAGAUCCUUCAUACCAAGGCGAAUCACCCCACGGAAACCGAUAAAAAAGGACGCCGUCAAAUUCAUCGUGAUAUCAAGCCAGCCAAUGUAAUGCUUUCUAAAAACGGUGUUGUGAAACUCACGGAUUUUGGCAUUGCCGCAAGCGCAGAAACAAUUGGCGUAAAUUCUUUUGUUGGUACUGCCACAUACAUGAGUCCAGAGCGGAUUCAAGGACGGAAUUACAGUACACCAAGUGACAUCUGGAGCGUGGGAGUAUUAACUGCCCAACUGCUGCUUGGACGUUUUCCCUUUUCAGCCGCAGAAGGAGGAUUUAUGGCUUUGUUACGCCAAGUGACGGAGUGUUGCUCACUCUCUUUAGUUGAUCAGUGCGCAUGUUCUCAAAAGGCGGAGGAUUUUAUAAAUCAUUGCAUUUGCCGAAACCCUGAUGAUCGUAGCACUGCGAUUGAGUUGUUGCAACAUGAGUGGAUUGUUCAAAAUGCCUCAAACGGGAAGGACGUUCUCACAGGGCUGCUGGGUACCGUGGGUGAGCCGGCGGCUUCUUCGGAGUCUGACAAUUCCUAA